AUGCUGUCGAUAAGGUGCGGUUUGGGCGCUGGGGGCGCUGUGGAUAAGGUGCGCGCUACGUGCUUUAGCUCGUGCUGCAUGCGCCUGCAGCAGUACAAGAACCUCGACGCGUCCCGUUCGAUGCUGUUGACGAAGGAAGUGAAGCAGGUCAGCACAGACGCGGAGUUUCUUCAGUUUCGCCUACAACACGCGCGCCGUCAAGUCCACCAUCGUGCACUUCCAGUACGCCCCCCCAGAUACGCCCGCCCAGGUGCGCCCGUCCAGAUACGCCCGCCCAGGUGCGCCCGUCCAGAUACGGCCGUCCAGGUGCGCCCGUCUAGAUACGCCCGUCCAGGUGCGCCCGUCCAGGUACGCCCGCCCAAGUACGCCCGUCCAGAAUACGCCCGUCCAGGUGCGCCCGUCCGGGUGCGCCCUUCUCCUUCCAGGCUUGCGGCAUUGAAACUUGCUCGUGACGCGUGCUGCUUGCCAUCACAAUGCGAUGCGAAUGCAUCAACAGCAACGUCACACCUCGUUCCUCAUCCCCCCCUUCCUCCUCUGUUCCUCCCCUCCCCCCCGAUCCCGCCUUCCCCCUCCCCUUCCUACCCCCUCCCCCCCUCCCCACCUCCCCCCCCAGCUGCGCAACCUAGUCUACAGCGCGCCCCCUGGCUGUACCACCAGCGCGCCACCACUGCCACACUGCGCCCAGGCGGACCCAGGCUCUAUGGGGCCGGGGGGACAGGGGGGACGGGCGGAGCAGGUGGGGGAGUAGCCACUGGCGCGGGGGGAGCAGCAGGGCCUGGGAGAGGGGAUGGAGGGGGAGGGGCGGCGGCAGGGGGGAAUGGGGCAGGAAUGGCGGAUGAUGGGACAUGGGAACCAGUGGGUCGGGUGCAGGUGAGCACGCUGUGUGUGCGCAACGGGCUGGUGGCAGCGGGGGGCUUCAACGGCGAGAUGGUGUGCAAGCGGCUUGACAGCGGCGCAGAGGGCGGCGUGUCGUAUGCUGGGCGGAUAACACGCGAUGAGAGCGCCAUCACCAAUGCCGUAGAGAUCUUUGAAUCCGCCAGCGGAGCAGUGCGAGUGCUAACGUCAAACAAUGACUGCCUCGUGAGGGAGUUUGAUGCUGACUCGUUUGCCAUCAUCGCCCGCCACCACCUGCCAUGGCCCAUCAAUCACACGUCAGUAUCGCCGAACGGCAAGCUGGUGGUGGUGGUGGGGGAUGAUCCAGACGCCUUUCUCAUGGACGCCACGUCUGGCCGGGUGGUGGCGCCUCUGAGCGGCCAUGUGGACUACUCCUUUGCAUCAGCCUGGCACCCCAACGGCCUCACAUUCGCCACAGGCAAUCAGGACACCACCUGCCGAGUCUGGGACCUGCGCUGCCUCUCCCGCUCCCUUGCCACCCUCAAAGGCCGCAUGGGCGCGAUCCGGUCCGUCCGUUUCUCAUCCGACGGCCGGUUUUUGGCCGUAGCUGAACCGGCGGAUUUCGUACAUGUGUAUGACGUGAAAGGGGAGUAUGAGAGGAGCCAGGAGAUUGAUCUGUUUGGGGAGAUUGCGGGGGUGUCGUUCUCUCCGGAUUCGGAGGCGCUGUUUGUGGGUGUGGCGGAUCGCACGUAUAGCAGUUUGUUGGAGUUCAACCGGGCGCGGUGUUGUGACUAUAUCGAUGCUACCGUCCGCACGUUCCGCGCGUUUGAACGGUGGAUGCGCGACGAGGGCAAGAUCCAAUGGUCAGAAAAGCUCGUUUUCCUCCUCACCUGCCCUCCCCCUCCCCCACGCAACCUCCGCCACGGCGCACGCGCCCGUCACUCCCGCGCCUCUCCUUCCGUCUCCCCCGGUCCCUCCGCCUGCCCCCCGCCUGGUCCGCUCCCCGUGGGGGUGUUUGCACGCGCGCCCCUCCCCCUUGGCACAUCCGUUGCGACCAUCCCCAAGUCCGCCUGCCUGACUCCACGCACCUCCCUGCUUGCGCCCUACUUCUCCGCCUCCCCGUUCUUUCAAGCAGAGGGGGAGGCGGAAGGGGAAGGGGAAGGGUCAGAGGAGGGGGAAGGGGAGGCGGAUGAGGAUGGGGAGGGGGGGGAAGAGGAGGGGGGAUCAGGGGAUGCCAGAGAGAGAGGAUGUGCCGGUGCUGUGGGGAAAACGGAAAGCGAAGGAGCUACUAAAGGGGACAGAAAUCGAGCAGGUACCAGUAGCAGAGCUUCACGUCCCCCACCCUCUCCUGCACCCCGCCUCUCUCCACCCCUCUCCGCCUCAACACAGGCCGUCCCCAGUGACCUAGUGGGCAUGCGUGGGGAGUGGAAGCGCCACAUUCUGCCCUUCCUCCUCUCCCUGCCACCCCACCUCCUCCACCUCCUCCCACCAUCCCCAACCGCUUCAAACGAUCGAUACACACACGAGCAGCCGCCAUUGGAGGAGAAUCUGCCGUCGCCCAAUCAGCAGCUGCCAGGUCAGCAGAUGACUAAUCGGCAGCUGCCAGAUCAGCUGUCAUGGGAUGCCUACCUGGCAGUCAAGUCGCUCAUCUCCUCGCGAGCCUUUUCCAUUGACAGCUGGCACGGGCACGGCAUGGUUCCUCUGGCUGACCUGUUCAACCAUCGCACGGCAAGCGAGUCAGUUCACUUUACAAUCAACGAUGGGGAGAGUGAUCCAGAGGAGAGUGGCAAAGAGAGUGAUGAAGAUGGUGAGGAGGUGAGCGAGGAAAGGAGCAAAAGCGAAAGGGGGAAGGGUGGAGACGAGGAGAAGAACGGGGCUAGAGGUAGGGGGGAGGAGGAGGAGGAAGAGGAGCAGUCACUCGAGAAGGAAGGCGAAAGGGAGAAGGCAAGCGAGCAGCUGGAAAUGAUAAUGGUGCGGGAGGAGGGACCUGGGGACGAGGUGUUUAACACCUACGGCCAGCUCAGCACCGCAGCUCUUCUGCUCCGGUACGGCUUCACCGAGCCUCUCAGCUUCGGCGGCGCCGGACCUAAGGGUGGGGAGGAGGAGCUGCCAGUCAGGCUCGGCAAGGGUGGACCAUGGGGUGGAGAAGAGGAGCAGUUGGAGUGUAUAUGCAAUCUACAGUACAACCCAUUUGAUCUGGUUAAUGUGGACCUGAAUGUCAUUAUAAAGGGGCUCAGUCCCGACCAAUCACAGGCCAGCAGUAGAGGAGGGAGAGCAAGCCAAGGAGAGCGUUUCGCAAAAACAGGGCGAGAAUCCAGCCAAUCACAUCGCAGGGGUUCAGGAACUUCCCGGGCGGCAAAGAUUGUUCGUGAUUCUACCUACCCUUCCACUUGCUCCUCCCGGCGCUUGCGGUGGGCUGUGAAGCUGCUAGAGAGGGCUGGGUGCCCCCCGUUAGAGUCACAAGGGGAGAGAUAUUUUGAAAUAUCUGCUGACGGGCGGCCGCAGCUGGAGCUGCUGCUGCUGCUGAGGUUGGCGGGGCUGGGUGACGUGGCAGCUGCCAGGGUGGACGCCAGAGUGGCAGAGAGGGAGGCUGACGUGGAUUGGGCUGGGAUGGGGGCUGCUGAGCUGGCAGGGAUGGUAGAGGAGUGGGUGGAGGGGAUGGGGGAGGGGGAGGGGAUAGAUAGGCGGGCAGGGAGUGUGGGAGGAAAAGAGAAGGGGCAGGGUGGUAGCGGAAAAUGUAUUGAGGGGAGAAAGAGGAGGGAGGGAGAGGAGAGGAUGCGUGAUGGUGAGGUGUCAGCGAGAGGAGAUGAAGGGGAGGCUGAGUUGGGUUCGGAUGAGUCAAGUGAGGGGAGGAAGGGGAGGAAGAGAAGAAGAGGGGGGAGGGAGAGAAGGGACAGAGGUGGUGGGGAGCAUGGUUCAAGAACAGAGUGCAAGGAGGAGCAAGAGAUGGUGGGAGUGGAGAGGGAGGAAGAGAAUGGGGAUGAGGAGGAGGAUGGAGCGGAGAGAGGAGAGGAAGAUGGAGAGGAGGGUGAGUAUGAGGGAGAGGAGGAGAGCAACGAGGAAGAGGUGGCAGCAACCCGUGGGCUACUUGAGCUGCCGACUGUGCGAGCCCUGCUCAGCACAGUGCUGCACGCACGUGACCGCAUGUAUGGGGGAGCACUGAUUACUGCUGCUAAGGCUGCGUUGGACCAGCAGAUGCCUCAAGGCCGUGGGGGUAAAGGACGUGGGACAAGGAGCGAUGCACGUGGGAUGGUGGGUGCGGCAGCGAAUGGCACGUGGACAGUGGUGGAUGAGUUGAGGGCUGCUCAGGUGAUGGAGAGGAAGGAGAGUGCGAUGGGGGUUUGGGGGUGGGAGAGGGAGGAGGUAGAGAGGAGGGAGGGGAGGCAGAGUGAGGGCGGGGAGCAUCGGAGGGAGUGGUGGCGAUUGCUGCAUGCGAGGCGGUUGAGAGUGGCUGAGAGGGGAGUGUUGAUGCGGUGCAGAGCAGUGUGGCUGGGUGAGCGGUGCUUGUGUGGGAGGGAGUGGAGAGGAGAGGAGGCGUGCAGAUUGUGA